GCGCGGGCGCCCAGCUGGGGCGAGUUAAGUGGCGGCGGCGGGGACCGCCGGGUGCCCGGCUGCCGCUCCCCAGAGCUUUAGCCUUGGCUUUUUUGAUUUCAUAUUUUUUUCUCCUGCACCCUCGGCGUUUGGCACUUUUCAAACAGCAGCGCCCCGUUGAGCGCGGCGCGGACCGAGCCGCCCCGGCGGCGCUGCAGGCGGCGGUGGCGCGGGGAGCGAUGCUGCCUGCCCGCCGGGGCUCCCCGCCGCCCGCCCGGGCUCCCGGAGCCGCCGGCGCCGCCUGACCAGCGGGGAAGGGGGUGCUGGAUGCUCGACCCGGAGGCAGCGCUUGCCAUGUGUGCUGGUAGCGCCCGGCUGUGGCAGCGCCCGGGGCCCGGCACCGGGUAAGUCGGGGCGGCAGCGGGCAGGGCGGCACCGGGCACGGCCCCCGCCGCCACCAUGGUGAAGGAGGAGUGCAAGGCGCUGCUGGACGCGCUCAACAAGGUCACCGCCUGCUACCGGCACAUGGUGCUGACCAUCGGCGGCACCUCGGACUCCCAGAACCUGCGGGAGGAGCUCAAGAAAACCCGUCAGAAAGCUCAGGAGCUGGCGGUGGCCAACAGGAACAAGCUCACCACGGUCCUGAAGGACAAAACCGUGAGUAAGGAAGAUAAAGCCGAGUUCGAGAGGCUAUGGGUGAUUUUCUCCACGUGCCUAGAGAUCCUGGAGAUCGACAUGAGGAGAGCCCUGGAGCUGGGCCACGAGUUCCCUCUGAACGUCCCCAAAAAACACCUGAUCCAGACGGGCAUGAGCGGGGGAACCUCCGGCGUGGCCGCCCGCGCCAUGAGCGUCCAGAACAUGAAAUACGAGGCUGAGCACAACAUAGACGUGGUGGAUUUGAAAGACCUCGAGAACGAGAUCAACCAGGUGGGAGAGAUGAUGUACGAGAUGGAGAUGAAGGUCAAUGUCCCCCAGUGGACAGUAGAGGCUAAGCAAGACCCAGGGGCUGAACUGAAAUCCACCAUCAGCGUGGGUGCUUCCUCUAUUGGCAUGAUCUCUGUGGAGGAAAAUAAAUCCUUCUGCGAUAUCAGCAAGGUUCUAGCUGGGAUUAUUUUCACUGCUGUCCUCCUUAUCGCUAUUGUCCUGGCAGUGUGUGUGGUAAAACUGUCUUAGGGUGGUGCAAGCUCUGACACGAGCGAUCCCUCUCCAGCCUGUCUCUGGAGUAUUUCAUGCCUCACCUUUACUUCUGAAGUGUGUGACUUGGAUGAGCUGAGAGUUUUAAGCGAGCACUUGAAAGAACAAAGCAGAACUUUUGCCUCUGGAUAUCCUAAAAUGCACUAUUGAUUUCUUCACGCUUUUUGAAGGAAAGGGAUGCAAAUCAGCCUGCAGAAUAGAAUGUGUUCGUUUACUGGACUUGUAACAGUUAAGCCAAGUAUCAGGGUAUUAUCACUACUGGCUGUAACAGGGAUUUGCUGGCUAUUAAUAGGUCACUAUUCUCAGAAGCCUGUGGUUUUUGUUCUUCACUAGGCUCUGGUGUUUGCUGCUGGUCACUGUUUACAGUAUUAGAGAGUAACAUAAAUUUGAUGGGUGUUUUGUCUGACCAAGUGAAUAGAGUACUUCUUUUUUUCCAUGAAAUACAGAAAGUAUUUAUUGAGUGGAGGAAAGGGGUAAGGAUGAAAACCCCAGUAAAAGAAUGUAACCAACCUCUAUUUUAAAUAAGUUAAUGGUUGGGGAGGGGGGAGAAAACGGAACGAUGUUUGAUACCAAGUACUGUUUGUUGAUUUAGACUCGAUCGUAUGGAACCCAGUUGCAUGAAUUGGCACAGCAUAUGUGAAUGACUAAUCGCUUUCCAAAUCCAGACAGAAAAAAGGGAGAGUAUGCAUUUUCUGCAUAUUCAGAAAAAUAGUAGCAAGCCUCACUGUUUUCAUUCACAUUUACCACGAUUUUAUCUUUCCCGGCAGAAAGACUGAUUCUUGCUACUGGUUCUGAUUUUUCUUUCUGAAGGAGCAAUUUGCACUCCACGAUUAACUAUGAAAACAGGAGCAAUGAAUCUACCCACAGCAGAUGCAGUAACAUGGCAAAAUAGAUUUUAGCAAAUGGAAAUGAUGUUAAGACCUUCCCAAUGGGAUCCCCUCUCCUGUUGACAGGCAGGGACUGAUGCUCAUAUACAUACAGGGACAUUUCUGCAAGCUCCCAAAUUGCAGAAAUACAGACAAAGCUAAAAAUGUGUCUGUUUCACAUCUCAGUCAUGUCUGAUUAAUCAUCUGGCAAACAGGAAUCCUGUAGGAUUGGUCCCAUUUGAUAACACUACAAUUCUGGAAGGGAAAUGCAACAGCAUAAAACUUUCCAGUGCUUCCUUGUGGAACUGUCAACAUUUAAAUGUAAAACCAUGUAAGACACUGACUUAGCAGAAAAGCUUUACAAUAUUUUGUUAGAAGGAUUUAUGUGUUACAGUAUUUAUUCUUUACUUCUGGAGAUACCUUCUAGUGCUCUGAACACGUACUGUCUGUUCAGGAAUCCUUGGUACAUGUGCUACAGUGCCAUAGGUGUAUGGGGCACUCCACAGCCAAAUAUAAAGACCCCAAAAAUACUGGGAGUUUAAGAAGUCAUUUUUCUUCAUUGAUUAUUACAGGCACAUUAUCAAAAAGUAAUAAUCAGACAUGUUUUAUGAACAGUCUUCAUGCUUGUUAAAUAAAACUGACAACACACAUAAACACCUAAUAUUUUUAAUAUUUUUGAAUUAAGAACUAAACAUACUUAAAAAAACUUCAGCAAACAGUUUAUUCUUUAAAAUUUAAAAGAACUGGAUUUAUGGGGAGGAAAAAAAAUGUAUUAGAAUCUGGUCACUUGUAGGUGAGGAAAAAAAUUCAGAGGCCUGAAUUCAAAGAUAUAGGCUAUAUUUAUGUUGAAGGAUAAUAUGAGCUCUGAACAUUGGUCCAGUCUAACUCCAUUCUCUUGGGAAUUCAGUGUUACAACUCCACAUUCCUUUCUGUUGUAUUUCACUCAUUCCAUAGAGUAUGUUUUAUAUGUAGUUAAUCUAUGUCUGUAGAUCCCUGACAGCUUUCUAACAAAGCCAGGUCGGUAUUUAUCGGUGCUACAGUUCCAGCCUGCCUAGAUGAGGUGUAAUUGCUGAGUGUUCAUUUAAACUGGCUUACCUCCUUCACAAUCACAAUAAGUAAACAUAUUGAAGGAAAACACAGUAAAAGCUGCAGCAGAAUGUACCUAUUUGGAUUGCCAGCACUUGUCAUUAAGGACCUGUGGAUGUUUUCACUUUUUGCACUCUUAGUUCACAAGAAGGUAGAGAAGGCAUUUGGGCUCUAUUUUGUGCUUCCUGAAAACUCCAUAAACCCUGUGAAAUCAGACCAUUUAACCACAUGUUCUCAAACCUCAAGUUGUGAAUGCAAGUCUGUUUUCUGGUGAAUAAGUAAAUGGUAACACUGACAACAUUCAUUAUCUUUUAUCUUGGUAUCUUCCACACACCUAACCAUAGAUAAACAGUUUAUCCAUGCUUAGUUGUGUAGAAGAAUUUUUAACAGGUCAUCUUCAAAAGCAAGCUUCAGUGGAUUGUUAAACUUGAAGUUUGCAAUCCAUUGCAGUUUGUUUUAGUUUUUUUUUUUUUAAUUUGGAUUUUUCAAGAUAGGACUUAAAAAAUUAAUAUAAAUAGUCUCUAAAUAAGUCUUUUUUUAUUAUGAAUAUGCACAGAAUUACUAUUUAAAGGAUUUGCCUUGGGAAAAGAAUUUUCAAAUCUUAAGACACAGCUGGCUGCAAUUUAAUUCAUCAUUAGUGUGUUCCUAAAAAUCUGCAUCAUCUUAUAUUUAGGCUAUCUGAAAUUAAUAGAGUAAGUAGAAUUCUAACAGAGGAUUGGCACUGUCUGUGUGGAUAAAGUGCUGCCAUUCGUGUCCUACACGUGUUUGUUCCAUGUGACAGAGUUUGGCACGACACUGCACAAAACCAAAACUAAAUGAAACCACCACUGCCCAAAAGUACAGAGGCUUCCUUUAAAUUAAGCAAUAGAGACAGAUUUGCAGUCUUCAUUUUUUCCCCCUACUGGAAUGCAACUGGAAGGAGACUGGAAAUGCUACUUUGUAAGUGAAAAAUGGGAAUUAAUACUUCAAAAUACUCUAUAAUGAAAGAGCAUGAUGAAAAAGCACAUGCUCUCAUGUUGAUUGGUGAGAAUGUAAUUAUAGUACAAAAGCAGACGGUCGUUGCUUAAUUAAUAUCAAUGUUGAUCUGCUUCAGUUCUUUUGUCUUUAUUUACAGAAUACACACAUUAAAUUUGCUGUAUACUAAAAUCUUACUCCCAACUUGAAUUACACUGGUUUUGCCUGUGCAUGGUUGGUAUUUUCUACACUUUGAAUAAUGCAAACCUGUUCCUGUCACUAUUUAUUUAACUUAAAAUAAAGUACUUCCUUAUAACUUACUGGUUUGCUUGCAGCAGUAAUUCAAACCAAACAAAAUCUGUCAGAGCAAGUCCAGAGGAGGCCACAAAGUUGGAGGGAUAAAGCACCUCUGCUGUGAGAAAAGGCUGGGAGAAUUGGGAUUGUUCAGCAUGGAGAAGACAAACUUUGGGGUGACUUAAUUGUGUCCUUCCAGUGCCUGAAGGGAGCCUGCAAGAAAGAUGGAGAGAGCCUAUUUACAAGGGAUGGAGUCACAAGGGGAAUUGUGAAUGGCUUCACACUGACAGAGCAGAUUCAGGUGAGAUACUGGGAAGGAAUUGUUCCCUGUGAGGGUGGAAAGACCCUGACACAGGCUGUCUAGAGAAGCUGUGGCUGCCCCAUCCAUGGCAAUGUUCAAGGUCAGGCUGGACAGGGCUUGGCACAAACUGGUCUGGUGGAAGGUGUCCCUGCCCCUGGUUGAAACCAGGGGAUCUUUAAGGUCUCCUCCAAUUCAAAUCAUUCUAUCACUGUGAAAAGCUGGACUAUUAAUACAGCUUAUCUGUAGUAGACUCUUCUAAAUCAAAAUUCCUGUUUCAAGCACAGUAAUAAAAACAUGCUAAGCCCUCUCAUUAGUUUUGUUAACAUUAAAAACAGCCUUCUCCAGCUCCCAAAGUUGAAUAGUGAUGUAGCUUAACCUUACACUGCCUUAGGAAACAGCUACAAUAACAUUUAGACAAACAGAUGAUUCUGCCUUCAGCACUGGUUGUCCAGCAUUAAGUACAGAACCAUUGGCUUGGACAACCUGAAAACCAGACUAGACUGGACUAACAAUUGGAUUCUCCUUGUGUUAGGAUCCAAACUCUGUCUCUCAGUCAGCAAAGCUGGCAUUUACUUUAGCAAAAGAUAAACAUAACCUAAGGAGUGUGAAACUUGGUCCUGUGCUGUUGGUAGCAAUAAGGAUCAACAGUUGUAUCAAACCAUCAGAACUGAGUCUUAAACACAGCAAUUUGUAAUUUCAUUCCAGGAUUUCCAGACUAUCACCAUAAAAACCCAUUACGCUGUUUUCUAGUUUAGUAACAAAAGGAACACGGGACCAUAAUUAAAGUUAUUUUCCUGAUGUUGCAAACAAUGUUACAUCAAAGUUCAGCACUAUGAAUAUAAAAUAAAAUUAGUUUCAAAAUUCUUCAUGUAAGUAUGAAAAUAUUUUUUACAGUAAUGCAAUUAUUUAAGACUGGACUAAAUGACUGAUGUAAAUAGCUUUCAGAUUAAAAAUUAAACACAUGCUUAUUGUUUGUAGAGAGGAUUGGUUACAGGCUUGCUUUUCCAUCUCUGGAAGGUUUGUG